AAAUUUCACCCAUUUCUAUUCCUUUCUCGAAAAUCCCUUUUAUUUCGAAUUUCUCUCUUUUCUCAAUAUUAGGGUUUCCGACGUUUUUCUCUCCGUUUUCCCCUUUCCUUCUUUUAAUUUCUCCUUAAUCAGCAACAGCACUCAUUCUCUGCAAUUUCUCCUUUUUCGAUAGAAAUGGAUGAUGGUGAAGCUGUAGGAGGUGGUGGUGGAGGAGAUUUCCAUCGUAAUGAAGCGAUCUCAGCUGUUGCUGAUGAAGGAUUUGGUGAAGAAGAUGAAGAUUACGAGGAUCUUUAUAAUGAUGUUAAUGUAGGAGAAGGGAUUUUCCAAUCUUUGAGGAAGAAUAAUGAGGAUUUAGGGUUUAGGAACGAGGAAGGAGGUACUAGGGAGGUUGAAGCUCAGAUUCAGGCUCAGGCUCAGGCUCAGGCUCAACCACAGCAUGAUGUAUUGGCCCCAAAUUUGUCGGAGAAAAAUUUAAGUGUUGGUCGAGGUGAGGAUGAUGUGGGUAGAGUAGAUGGGUUUCAGAGUCAGGGUUUUAGAGGGGAUGAUAAAGGUUCUGUUCAGCCUAAUGGAGGGAUAGGUUCUGGGGUGCCCGGUACGGUACGUGGGUAUGGAGGUGGAUUACGGGUUGAGCUAGGACCACAUUCGAGUAAAGUAGUGGAUGUGGAGGAACAAGCGGGGGAUAGUAUGCCGAUGAGUCAACCUCCACCACAACCUCAUGGAAUGAAUGUUGGGGAUGAGGGAAUGAUUAGACAAGGUGGUGGAGGUGGGGUUGUAAAUGGAGCUUCUGGGAAUAUUGGUGGGAUGGGGGGUUCAGCUAUGCAAGUCACGCCGAUGGCGGGUGGCAUGGUUGGUUCUGGCUCAGGUGGAGGUGGAGGUGGAGGUGGAGGUGGGACUAUUCUUUUUGUUGGGGAUUUGCAUUGGUGGACCACUGAUGCGGAGCUUGAAGCUGAGCUUGUGAAGUAUGGACCAGUAAGAGAAGUUAAAUUUUUUGAUGAAAAAGCUAGUGGGAAGUCGAAAGGAUAUUGUCAGGUCGAGUUUUGUGAUCCUGCCGCUGCUCAAGCUUGUAAGGAAGGUAUGAAUGGACAUGUUUUCAAUGGUCGGCCUUGUGUUGUUGCAUUUGCUUCUCCAUAUUCUAUUAAGAGAAUGGGUGAAGCACAGCUGAAUAAAAAUCAACAGGGUUCCCAACAACCACUUCCACAAACUAGGAGAGGUCCAAGUGAUAUUAACAACAAACCAACUGGGAACAACAUCACUACUGGUGGAAAUUACCAGGGUGGUGAUCAGAACAGGAAUUUUGGAAGAGGUGGUUGGGGGAGAGGCAAUCCUCAAGGUAUGGGUGGUAGGGGUCCUGGAGGACCAAUACGGAAUAGGCCUAAUGGAAUGCCGGGAAGGGGUAUGAUGGGGAAUGGUGGCGGUGGCUUUGGUCAAGGUAUGGGGCCAACUCCUCCGCUAAUGCAUCCUCAAGCAAUGAUGGGUCAGGGUUUUGAUCCCGCUUUUGGAGGGUCUAUGGGAAGAAUGGGCGGCUAUGGGGGCUUCCCCGGUGUACCUCAACCACCAUUUCAAGGAAUGUUAUCUUCUUUUCCUCCUGUGGGCAAUGUUGGUUUGCCUGGAGUAGCUCCUCAUGUGAAUCCUGCAUUCUUUGGGAGAGGUAUGCCCAUGAAUGGGAUGGGAAUGAUGCCUAAUGCUGGUGUUGAUGGUCCUAAUAUGGGCAUGUGGUCGGAUCCUAAUAUGGGUGGUUGGGCUGGUGAUGAGCAUGGUGGGCGAGCCGGGGAUUCAAACUAUGGGGAGGACGCUGUGUCUGAUCAUCUAUAUGGAGAGGCAAGUCAUGACCGUAGUGGUUGGCAGAACCCUGCUAAUAAAGACAAAGACAGAGUUUCUGACAAAGAUUUUUCAGGGUCUUCGGAUAAGAGGUAUCGGGACGACAGGGAUCCUGGGUAUGACAAGGAAAUGCCUAGGGAUAAAGAAGUAAGUCGUGAUCAUGAUUGGCCAGAAAGAAAACACCGUGAUGACAGAGAUACUCGUGAUCGUGACCGUGGUCGCUCCCGUGAUCGUGAGCGGUCACGAGACCGAGAUCGUGAGCGAGAUAGAGACAGGGAGAGGGAAAGGGAACGUUACAGAGACGACAGAGAUAGAUAUGCUGAUCACCAUAGGUACAGGGAACGUGAUGCAGAUUAUGAUGACGAAUGGGAGAGGCGAUCGUCAAGGACUCAUAGUAAAUCCCGUGUGUCCCAAGAAGAGGAGCGUCCAAGAUCUAGGGAUUCUGACUAUACUAAGAGGCGGAGGAUUACUUCCGAAUAGUUGAGAAGGGCACUUCACUUACAUGAGGUCCAAAUACUUGAGGUGGUUCACCUUGUUGAUUAGCUUCUUCAUGGCUACUUUUAUUGGUCACAUGGUUCAUUCCUAAGUCACUUCUGUACCUUUUGUUUCUGGGCUGGGCAUAUUUGCUUCUCAUAGGAGGUUAAGAAGACAACCUAAACUCAGAGGCUCAAGCUGAAGUGGACGGCUUCCUGGGAUGAACACGACCUAAGGUUCUAAGUUGAAGUUGUUCAUGUGGUGUUUGUUAUCCUCAAAUUUCCUUGCAUCCUUUUGCCGUUUAGAUGUUAGCUAUCUUUUCAUUUUAACGUUAUAUUAAAAAGAAAACUUUCGAUGAAACCAACUGUUGUCGAUUAUGAUGAUGCAUAUGGCUUGAGAACCGGUUUAUUUUUAUGCCGAAGUUAUGUAAUAGGAUAUAGUUUGCCAGAGGCUGUUAAUGUGUCUUGUUUGCUGUUGGA